CACCAUCAUAUAUUAAAACAACAAUGCGGUCAGCCAUUGACUUGCUUCGCCGCCUCCAUUUAUCUUAAGCCCAUUCGCCAUAAAUCCAAGCUGGUGGAAGGGCAUUUGAGCACGAGGAAUAGGAUAAAGCACGAGAGUAUUUAUGGCGGCGUCGAAGCUCCAAGCCUUCUGGAACCAUCCUGCUGGCCCUAAAACCAUUCACUUCUGGGCACCAACCUUUAAGUGGGGUAUCAGUAUAGCCAAUAUUGCUGACUUCUCUAAGCCACCAGAGAAACUUUCUUAUCCUCAGCAAAUAGCUGUUACAGCCACUGGAAUUAUCUGGUCACGUUACAGCACCGUGAUCACACCGAAGAACUGGAACCUUUUUAGCGUCAAUGUUGCAAUGGCAGGGACUGGCAUCUACCAAUUGACAAGAAAAAUACAGCACGAUUAUUUCUCAAAGGAGGAAGUGGCUGCUAUCGAAGAAUGAUGACGAAAUAUUACAUUAUUUGCCUCUGUGAUCACCUGAAUUUCCCUUACGUCCAUGUGUUGCCUCUUCCAAAUCUUACCUAGAAAGCGCUACCUGAAUUCCCUUUUUUAUUACAAAUCCAUUCAUACCCUUUAUUUUACUUUUGUACUUUUGUAGCCAUGAAACUGAAACUGUUUGGAAAAAUAUACGAGAUCUUGAUUUAUGCAA